AUGGACAGGGAUCUGAGUGAGGACGACAGUGUGGUGGACCUCAGUUUUGAGGCCGAGAGUCCUUUGGCGCCACCAGCUGAACUCCUGGAGAGACUGCCCAGCUAUGACUGGCUUUUUCAAAGAGGUGGACAGCAGAUAAUGUUCCCACCUUUGGAGGCUCCAGGGAGACCCCUGGAACAAAGGUGCUGGUCCUCGUUCCUGGAACACAGAGUCCCCUUGGUGACAGAGGAAGUGGCCCGGGAAGCCCUCCUCAGCUUUGUGAGCUCCAAAUGCUGCUAUGGCAGCACAGCCGCCGGUGACCUCAUCAUCCAGGAGCUGAAGCAGCAGACGUUGUGCAGGUAUCGACUAGAGACUUUUAGUGAAUCCAGGAUAAGCGAAUGGACAUUUCAACCCUUUACCAACCAGUCAGUGGAUGGGCCACAGAGAGGGACCUCUCCCAGGCUUUGGGACAUCAAAGUCCAGGUCCCCACAAUGUUUCAGGAAGACACGAGGAAGUUCCAAGUCCCUCAUUCGUCACUGGUCAAGGAAUGCCACAAAUGCCAUGGGCGUGGGCGUUACAAAUGCAGCGGCUGCCACGGGGCCGGCAUGGUGAGGUGUCCCUCCUGCAGUGGAGCCAAGCGCAAAGCCAAGCAGUCCCGGAGAUGUCAGAUGUGCUCGGGGUCUGGCAGACGGAGGUGCAGCACGUGCUCAGGGAGGGGAAGCAAGACCUGUGCCACCUGCAAGGGGGAGAAGAGACUGUUGCACUUCAUCCAGCUGGUCAUCAUGUGGAAAAACAGCCUGUUUGAGUUUGUAUCUGAGCACCGGCUGAAUUGCCCCAGGGAGCUCCUUGCCAAAGCCAAAGGAGAAAGCCUCUUUAAGGACGAAAACACCUCGGUGUACCCCAUUGUGGAUUUCCCGCUGCGGGAGAUCUCUCUGGCCUCCCAGAGGGGCAUUGCGGAGCACAGCGCUGCCCUGUCCCCCCGGGCCCGAGUCCUGCAGCAGCGCCAGACCAUUGAGCUGAUCCCCGUCACGGAAGUCCAUUACUGGUACCGGGGACAGACAUAUGUCUACUACAUCUAUGGCACUGACCACAGGGUACAUGUGGUGGACUACCCGGACCGGUACUGCUUUGGCUGCACCAUCAUCUGACAGGGCACAGCUGUCUCCACGGCCUGCCAAUCUCGUUUGCCACGGAGCACAGCCGAGGUCCCCGAGCUCACUCAUCGCUGGCUCCGUUGAACCAUCUUGUAUAAACCCUGGUGUGUCCUUUCAGACGAUUCGGCUUAUCAUCUGUCAAGCCACAAGUCUUCCCCAGAGCUCGCCUGGUGGAAUCCAGCAUGCGUUUAACCUACACACGUUUCCUCACAACACAUCAUUGAAAUGGCCAGGGCCACACCUCUGGUCUCGAAGCCAGCGCCCCGAUCGAGUGUGCAGUUUGAUUUUGCUUCUCCCUUGACUUGCUUGCCUCAGUUCUGUUGUGCCACUGUCAGUGCCUUUGGCCCUGCUGAGCGUUGCUGAGAUGUUUAAAGGUCUCCUACAGAUUGGCUGCCUCUUAAUGCAUACCAAAGAGUGCUCUCGAAGCAUCAAGAACAAAAUAUAGGGGUGCCUGGGGGGCUCAGUUGCGCAAGCAUCCAAUUCUUGAUCUCAGCUCAUGUCUCGACAUCAAGGUCAUGAGUUCAAUCUCUGAGCUGGGCGUGAAGCCUACUUAAAAAAAAAAGAGAAGAGAAGAACAUUUACUCCCCAUUCUGUGGGCUAGGAAUUCAGCUACCGUCACAGCGGAGAUGGUUUAUCUCUGCUCUGUGAUGUCUGAAGCCUCACGGGGAAGAUUUGAACACUCUGGUGCCUCAGAAGCAGGGGACUGAAAUCAUCUGAAAGCUGGUUCACCGAGGGGUCUGGCGGCUGAUGGUGGCCAUUGGCUGGGACGUCCGCGAGGGGCCAUGAGCUGGACACCUACAUGUGACCUCUCCGUGCAGCCUGGGCUUCCUCUCCAUGUGGCAGCUCCAGGGGUAGACGCCCCACACACACACCCCAACUGAAAAACUAGAGAUCUGUUUCCAGGCCAGGGGACAAAGCUGCUGUAUUGGAUGGUGACACGGUGCAUAUGCGAGGGUUGGCUUUGGAGGGCGAUUUGGGGUGUAUGUGGGAUCUUACAUCACCUGCCUACCUUAGAACCACAGGCAGGGUGUCCUGUGAACCCAGUCACGUGCAGCAAGGCUGGGUGGGUACGGAAGAUGCUCUGAAGACUGAAUGCCCAGGCUGUUUUGGGGGCCAGGUGGGCCGCUGUGCAGCUGGUUGGGGGUAACCAGAGGCCCCUGUCAUACUGUUCCCUCCGCACCCUACCCAGAAGGGAAUCGCUACACACCGAGAGGGCCAGUCUGCGCCCUCUUGAUCCCCAGGCCCCUGCUGGCCUGCAGCCCUUGUCCACCUCGGUGUGUGAGGAUGUGGACAGAACAGGCCUGGUUAGAAGAAGCUUGGGAUGUCUGAGACCACCCCCCCACCCAGGGCACUGUUGACAGAUGGUAUGCAGAUGAGCACUUCACCUAUUAUACCCCACCCCCUGGGACUCGCUGUGUCCUGUUCAAUUACUGCUGUCCCCCCUUCCCCACCAAGCCUGGCCGAACUACAUACCCGUGGGGGUCUUGCUAACAGGGAGCCGCAGCCCUGGGAGGGGUGUCCUGCUCGCUUGGGACCACCUGGCAGACAAGGGGAAAUGCAGAAGCAAAGGGCCGUGAGCUGGGAGAAUCUGAGUCACCUGACCUGGCAAACCUUCCCGGCUCAGACUUGGCCCCUGGAUCCAGCUGCCCCCCGCCAACGCCACAGGCUCCGCCUAUAGGGGAGGCUGAGGCCAGGAUGAGGUGCACCCCUGGGUGGUGGUGCAUUCUGCCCCUGGGGACGGACUACUACGGGAGAGUACUACAAGCCUCCCUUCCUCCUCUUCCUCCUGUAGCUCUGUCACGCUCAAGUCUAGGAGGCCAACACCUCUAACCCUGCGGUUCCUCCAGCUUACCUCUGUGGGCCUCAGAGGGGAUGCUUCUGGGGGCGUUUGUACCAAUGGAGGGCACGGGCUUUGUUUGUUGCAGUGAUUGGAAGGGACACGGUUGGCAUUUGGUAGACGGAGUCCAGGAAGGCGGGAUGUCUAGCAAUCCAUAUGACGAAGCCUGUAUCACAUCUUACACAACUUGCAGAUACCCCACUGACAUUCACAGAGAACCUGGUUACACAAAAUCUCAGCAGUGGCUGAGAUUGAUGCAGUGGUAAUUCUUAUUUAGCGUUCGGCUCUGUUCUUUGAUUUUCCUGCAUGUCUUGUUUGAAGUUGCUUCUGGAUCUCUUAUUACCCUGAAGUCCAAAGGAGUAAUUCCCUGACGACCCCAUUACUGCUCCUCGUGCAGUCCUGCCUGAGCAUCCACAAAUUCACAUAACGUGCAUUAAAAUAUUACUUUC